CGAAGCGAUGCAGAAACAAUCAAGGCGUGCACGAUAGACACUUCUCAGCAAGCACUGAAAUUAGACUCGCAACCGCUUGCAAGUAGCGGCGGACCUACACAGGAGCAGUUUCUGGGCGAGGUCACGUCAGAAGCGACUGUAAUUUCAAUCGGACACCCCUGG